AGGUUUACUUGCAUUUCUUUUCCUACAAAACUUCUGCGAGAAGCUUUACUGCGCGUUUCCUGUGCGUGAACUGCAGCAUCAACUGGGGAACUCUAAAUCAAGUUUUUCGAAACCGAGAUCAGGUAAUGUACACGAAACUCUGAUUUUAAGUUAAUCGAAGUGUCUUUAUCCUUUCUCCCUUUCUGUGAUUGAUUUAGAGUUCUCUGAAGGAAGUUAGGGUUAGAGAUGAGAGGGAUUUUGAAUGUGUAAUAGAGGGGUUUUUUUUUUUUUUUUUAUGGGUCCUGACUUCAUUCCUCCCCCCCUACUUCGUGCAGAGUUUGAGAAAAUGUCCUCAGAAGGAACAGAAAGUGUGAUUGGGAGUGAGGUGAUGCCUUUAGAGUAUGGGGGUAUAGACUCGGAGAGUAGUCUAUCCUCAUCUAGUUCGGAGAAGACAGUGGAGGGGAUUAGAGAGGAUGAGGUGGUGGAGGUUGGGAGGAACGAGGUGGUAAGGGUUGAGGGAGAUAGGAUACCUAUUACGGUAGUAGAAGUAGAGGGUAGAGGAGAGGGAGAGUAUGAUGUGAAUGUGGAGAUAGUGGAGGAGGUGAAGCAGUACAGGUCUGAGCUAAGGACCAGGGAUAGCCUGGGUCACUUGGUGGAGAAUUAUGAGAUCUCUUCCCGAGUGUUAGUUAGGCCAGCUGGUGUAGAGGAGAGGGCGUGCUCUGCUCCUCGGGAUCACUGGAUGCUUGUGUAUUCCCACUAUUUGGUAGCGGGACUCAGGUUUCCACUUCCUGAGUUGCUGAUAGGUUUGUUGUUAGAUUACAAUAUAGGGUUGACACAAUUGGUCCCCAAUGCAAUGAGGGGGGGAAGUAGGAGGGAUAAGGGGUGGUAUUAUUUCACCCCUAGGGUAGCUAAGAAGGAGAGUAGGAUUUUAUUUACUGCGGGUCCUUCAUCCAUUAAGGGAUGGAAGGAAAAAUUCUUUUUUGUGGAUGAUACGGAGUGGGGGAAGGGGGAUGCCGAAGUGAGGGCGUUAGCUUCCUGGAAGGCCAAAAGGGCCAACCAGAAUAAGUUUAGCUUAAAUGGGGAUGAGGAAGAAGAAGUGAGGAAGUUGGUGAGGAAGGGGGGAGAUGUACUGAAUAUCAUGGACCUCACCAGCGCAGCAUGCAUAGAAGCUGCUGAGCUCUAUAGGCCAAGCGCUUUGAGUGAAGCUGAAAUGGAUCAGUUUUUGAACACUGCUGGAGGAGCGCCCAUCCCCAAGAAGCCAAGGAAGAAGUCAAAGACUUCGACCAAGCAAGUGGAUGAGGGGAGAGCUGGGAAGGAGAUGGUGCCCUUGGCCUCAGCUGAGACGGAGGAGGAGCCUCCUCUUGUUGAGCUGGACCCCGAGCUCAGACGAUUGGAGGAGGGGGCUGAGGUACGGGCUCUUGGUAAGGGGAAGGGCCUUGUUUCCCCUACGGUGCCUCAGAGCAGCCUGUUCGAGGCGAAGAACGUAAUGGGGGCUAGGUGGUUUAUCAACAGCACCUUCCCCGAAGUGGACAAACGCCACGCGCGGGAGAAGGCUCUGAGGUACGGAGGAGCUUAUGUUGUGAAGCACGUCCUUGAGGAGUUCAGGGAGGGUAUAAAGGCGCGCGCACUCUUGCAGAGGCAGUGUGACCAACUGCAAAAGGAGAAGGAGGAGCUGGAGAAGAAAAAUAAAAAUCUGCAAGAGUCGCUGGACGAGGUGGUUCCAACUGCGCAAGAACUGAAGCUGACGAAGGAGGCGUUCUUAGAGCUGAAGGGGAAUGUGCAGGCCUUGGUGCACAAUGGGAUGAAGGAGCACAUUAGCAACUUCAUCAGCUCCAGCUUGUUUGACAACAUCGUCAACCUAUACCGGCUGCCUACGGCCAUCAUUGCCUUCACAGACUGCAGAAAGAAGGUGAAGGCUGCAUAUCCCGAAGUGGAUGUGACAAAGAUCACCUUCGGCGAGCAAGAAGGAGGAGUAGAGGAGGAUGGCGAGAGCAUGUCAGCAGACUUCCGUCCUCAGAUUAAGCUGAGGUGGGAGGAUGAUGCAGACGAUCUUGCUGUUUUUCCUCCACAGUUCGACUUCGAGUUCAUGGCAGUGGAGGAAGAAGGGGCAGAGGUAGAGGCAGGAGUGGGGGGAGCUGAAGUGGGUGAGGUGCAACCAGCUCCAAAAGUGGAGAUUCAUCCAGUUCCUUCUGACGAUGAGCAGCCUCCUCUGCCAGACGAGCAGCAGCCAACACAGCCACCUCCUCCAGCUGAGUAGGAGCUAAUGCAGUCACCUCUCCAGCAGAGAACUUUUGUUUUUUAAGUUUUGUAGAACAUUGAAACAAUUUGUAAUUCUUCGUUGAAUGAAAAUUCAUUUUUAAAAUCAUGUGUUUGUUUGUGUUUGAUUUACAUUUUUGUUAUUAUUUUUUAUUAAUAAAAGAACUGAGAUUAU